CACGGCUGGUCCAACAUCAGUCGAUGCGAAAUGAUUCUCGGAUGGAUCUCGGUGUGGAAUAUUUCCCCCACUGCCUCUAGCAUAGAAUAUUGUCGCAACAAAUUGUUUGCCGUUGCUAGAUCCGGCCUGCCAUGGAUUUCUUGUUUGGUCUUGCCUACAACUCACCAUUGUCAUUCCAACGUUUUUAAACAUGGGUCUUUUUGCUGCCAUCGCGGACAGAGAUCCUGUACCCGUUCGCCCAUUAACGGAUUAGAAAUGGCUCACGCAUCCUCGCACGCAUAUGUAUUCGAAAUUAUCAUCAAAUUAGAGGGCAUCAGAAUCAUCGCAUCGGUUGGAAUGGUUCGACAAGGCUAAGCUUCUUCCCUAAAUAAGGCUAUAACAAUA